UUUUUGCACCUGUUGGCUUAUGGUCAUCUCCAAACAUCAUGCUGCUUCGCGUUUGUCUUGUGUUCUUAUUGCAUGUGGUCACAGUUAAUCCCUACUCCACAUUUAGACCUUAUUAUAGCACCAUCCUGCAUACAGUGCUCCCCCGUCCGGAGAAUGUCCAGCUUUUGGCUAUACCAGAUUACCCAGUUGCAGAAGGUCAAAGAGUUGACAUGCACUGUACCGCUGACGAUGAGUAUGUUGUCAGUAAUUGGACCUGGGACAGAAUGAACGAUAAUGGAACCGUUACAACAGUAGGCAGGAGCAAGGAUCUGACCCUAACUGAGCCAGAGCAGAGUGGCCAGUACCGCUGCUCUGCCGGCAACCUGAGAGGAUUUUUACCGAGCUCUGUACACACAGUGUAUAUCGUGUCCAUUCAAGCAAAAGCAUCUGAAAACCUUGGAAUCGCAGGUUUUGUCCUGUCUCUGCUUGCCCUCAUCAUCAACCUUGCUGUUGUUUUAUGGCUGGUUUGGCAAAAACUUUAUAGUACACUGACUGUGUCUCAAACGUCCACCACAGGUCCUUCUAAGCCUGUAACAGAACCAAAGGAAGGUUUUCAACAAGAUGGCGCUGAUAGAGAUGUGUACAUGAAUUACACAAGCUCUAACCAAGCCUAUAGUGAUCUGGAUCCCAAAAAUAUGACUGAUGAUAACUUGUACUCAAGUUUGUCUUAAAAAUUUAACUAAAGGUAGAGCUGUGCAAAGGUCCUUUUUACUGAAGAAACGUCUGCUCUGCAAAAAAUGCUCGCUUUAACUUAAAACAUUAGCAUACAAAUAGUAGAAUAUGUUCCUUGCAAUAUUUGAGCAACUCAUUUUCAUUCUGUUUGAAUGCAAAAAUAGACAUUUCCUCCAUAAACGCCUGAUGCCUCAACUUAAAAGCUCUUGUUUUUAUACCAUUUUCCACCGAGGCAGUUCCAAGGCUAGUGCAAGACUAGGGCCUUACCUUCACCCAUACAGACCUAAUGCUACUUUUAUGAUAAUUCCUAAGUGUCUUAAGUGAUUUUUUCUUUUUAUUCUUAAGUGAUUUAUUUCCAUUUAUUACAAUAUUAUCCUCUGUAUUUUGCUUUUCUUUUUAUGUGAAAAUCAGGCAUU